AUGGUCGCGCCCCUCACGCUCAUCUGCCCGCCCGGCGCCAAGCCCGGCCAGCAGCUCCUGUUCAAGGACGACGACGGCCAGCGCUUCACGACGGAAGUGCCGAAGGGCGUGCGGCCGGGCAUGAAGUUCCUCGCGCAUCGCAAAGCAUUGGGCACGGGCUACGUCGGCAAGGACGGCGUCCGCUUCUCGAAAGUAGCGUCGCAGUCGAAACUAAGGGCGAGACAGCCGACGCCGAUGCCGAGCGCGGCACCGACGGAGCGGUCCUCGCGCCAGCCCUCUGGGUACGGCUCGCGCCAGCCCUCGGCGUACGGCUCGCGCCAGCCCACGGCUCGGGGCGUCGGAAGCAAGGAUCCGAACCGAGCCAAGUGGGACAUCGACACGCACCGAACGACGUAUCGAGCACCCUCAACUCAGAGAUCCUUCCCGCCCGAUACACCCUUAGGCGACCAGGAGUGGUUCGAGCAGUUCGGCUUUAGUGGAGCGGUCAGUGAAGAGAAAGCUAGAGAUUAUGGCAACGGCGUGCCCAUGUGGUCGCCCUACUUCCGCAAUCCGAAAGACUACGUCAAGCAGCCCCUUUCUGGAUUGGCUCCCGACGCCUACUGGUUCGAGCAGUACGGCUUCCGGGGCGGGAAGUUGUCCGAGGACCAGAUUAGGAUCAAGGCUACGGCGUGCCGUCGUGGUCGCCCUAUUACCGGACGGGGGGGCCGAAAAACGUCGCCGAGUCGUUGGCGUCGCGCGAUCCUUCUAGAGCGCCGAGCCGGUUGCCCACGACCCGCGAGG